AUGGCCGCCGUCGUACGCCGCCUUAGUGCCUCUGCCGUGACCCCGAAGCUGAGCCUGACUCUCCGUGCCAGCAGCUUGCCGAGGCAGUUCUCCUCCCUGCAGAGCAAAGUGGAUGACUUCUGCAAGCACGUGGACGCGCACCUUCCAAAGGACGGAAAGAAGGUGGUCUUCGCCACGGCUUGGCUUGCCACUGACAACGUGUUCGUCGCCCUCAUGCGGAAGCACUUCCCUGAGGUUUUGACCGGGAUGAACCUCGUUGCCAUUGACACGCUGCACCUCUUCCCGACGGCUCUCGAAUGUGCCAAGCUGGUGGAGGAGAAGUACGGCAAGAAGGCCAUGUGGAAGAUGCCGAACGGAAUCACGACGAAGGACGAUUACUUUGCCAAGUACGGCGACUGCGAAGAGUUGGACUCCGCCGACUUCGACUUUGUGAGCAAGGUGGAGCCGUUCCAGCGCGCUUUGGAGGAGUGCGAGAAGGACAUCUUGAUUACCGGCCGCCGCAUGGAUCAGGCGGCACAGCGCAUCAAGCUGGAUGUCUGGGAGGAUCAGAAGCGCACGUUGAACCCGAUGGCGAACUUCAGCUGGCAAGACAUUACAGACUACGUGGACAAGGAGGGAGUGCCAGUGAACGCUGGCCACAACUGGGCCUUCCGCUGCGACGCGCCGAUCGAGGCCACCAGCCGCCAUCUCCCGGACCUUCCGUGGACCAAGGUGGACUUGGGGAAGCCUUUCUGGCGAUGCACGGAGGCUGAGAUCAAGGGAAGCCCACCCGCCGCGGUCACGUAUGUGUUCAAGUCUUUCGGCGAUAUGCACACGACCGUGCCCGUUGAGCCCCACGAGUCCGAGCGCGCCGGCCGUUUCGUACGCCAGGCGAAAACGGAGUGCGGUAUCCACACGCGUACCACCUUCGCUGGCGCUCCUCACGGUGGAUCCCUCGUCGACUUGAUGGUCAAGGACGCGGCUACCAUCAAGAGCCUCACUGCCAGCACAGUGAAGUCGAUUGAGCUGAAUGAGCGCCAGGCGUGCGACGUCUUCUGCCUGCUCAGUGGCGCCUUCAGUCCCCUCACAGGCUUCAUGGAGGAGGCAGCCUACAACUCCGUCGUGAAGGACGCAGCACUGAGCAGUAGUUGUGGUAUCUUGCAGCGCUGGAAGACGCAGCAAGAGUUGGAGGUCGAUGCUGCGGCAAAGAAGCAAAAGGCCGAGAAAGAGAGGAUCCGCAAGCUGAUCAUCACUCUAGGUGAUGAGAACAAGAAAGUCGUCUCUCAAAUCCGGGGCCUGGCUGCAGCCUUGGAGGACGACAUUCCAUUGCAUGGCGAUCUCAUACGACGAACUUUGGUCGAGUGUGCAAAGUCUUUGCCUGUGAAGUCUGGUAUUUAUGCGGCCUGGCUAUCGAAGAUGGCCGAGAAGCACCCCGAGUGGUCUGCGAGUGUCGUCUCUAACUCGCUGGAAGAGCUCCGGGCAGCCAUCCAGGGCGGACGGACUGCUAACACCCAGUUGCUCCUGCGAUUCCUCGUGUCUUUGGCCAACACCGGUGUGGUCGGCGUCACUGCUGCUUUGGAGUUCUUGAAGGAGGUGAUGGGUAUAGGCCAGAGCCUGCCACCAAACAAAGGAGGCGAUUUCGGUUGUUUUAUGGUACUUGCACAGCUUCCUUUUCUCAGCGCCGCAGCCUACCAGCAGGGCAAGGAAAAAGUCGAUGGGCUCCUAGCAGACGCGGCGAAGCACCUGCAAUCUCGAGAUCCCAAAUGGAAAUCGUUGCUUCAAACCACGGAAGGGGCUGGCCUCUCAGAUAGGUUGGAGGAGAUCCACACAGGCUUGCAAGGGCUGUCCUCCAACGGCUGGUCUUCACAGGUUGUUCUCCAUGUGCCUGGCACCCAAGCAGCUGCAGCCGACGUGGCCGGGAUGCCGGACGUGAAAUUGGACAUGACGGCAGAGGACUUCAGCAAGACUCGGCCGCGGCAGCCGGUUCCAAUAGUUGCUGCGAAGCUUCUCACCUCGCAAUUGGAUGCCGGUGAGUCACUGUCCAUCGCAGAUAGAUGGGUCUUGGAAGACUACGUGCUGCUCACCGUCGAGAUGUUCUCUAGCGAUGUGGAAGAGUGCAGCAAGCAGCUUUUGAGGAUACCGGUUCUACAUCCACACUUUGAGGCUAUAGUUGUGGAAAUCCUUUUCUGCCAAAUGCUGCAGCUGCCUGCGCCAAGGCUGGCGCCUCUAUUCUAUUCCCGUCUGAUGGAGGUUUGUGCUGAAAAGCAGACCUCCAUGAAGAAGCUGAUUGAUGCGGCUUUUCAAGCUCUGUUUCGGAAUUUGGCAGAUCUGGAUGAGGAUUGCCUGGAUGUACUUGCCGAUGCCUUUGCAUGUCGGCUGUCCAACAAUGCUUUCCAAGCCGAUUUCAGCCUUUUGGUUGGGCCCAAGACAACGGACCAGGCGAAGCGCUUUGCCCAGUGGACUUUGCAAAAGCUGCAGCGCUUGUUGGAGCAUCAGAACAUGAUGUCAAAGCUGCCCGAGGCGCUGCGCUCCCUAGCGCCGGCCGAGCCCAAGCCAGCCACAGGACUCCCCCUGGUCUCAAAGCCUCAGUUCGGUCGCAUGAUCAAUCUCGUGAGGCUCAAGGACGCGAAUGCAGAGAAAGUCUUGGAGUUUUGCCAGUGGCUCAUGAAGUCCGGAGACCAGGCUAAGGAGGACCCGGCCGGUGGAAAAGCCGAAGAG